AUGUAUGCCAUUUGGUUUGAUGCAGGGUUACAUGGACCCAUGUAUUAUAUGACAAACCAACUGACAGAAAAUAGUGAUGCUUAUAGCUUUGGGGUUGUAUUGUUGGAGCUAAUAACAACACGAAACCCGAUCGAGAAAGGGAAGCACAUUGUGAGAGAAGUGAAAGAAGCAAUGGAUAGAAGUAAAGAGCUAUACAACCUACAAGAUGUGCUUGACCCGACCAUCGGUUUGUCCACCCAACUAAAAGGUUUGGAAAGAUUUGUAGACAUCGCGUUGCGGUGUGUGGAAGAAACAGGAGAUCGAAGACCGACGAUGAGUGAAGUUGUGAAAGAGAUUGAGAGCAUUAUGGAAGUUGCGGGUCUUAACCUGAAUGCUGAGUCGGCAUCAAAUUCAGCUUCCUAUGGUUACACGAAUAAGGGAAGUGAACAUCCUUAUACUAAUGACAGUCUGUUUGCUUAUAGCGGUGACCAUUUCCCUACAAAGUUGGAUCCCAAGUAG